AUGCUUCCGAAAAUAGCAAGAGACCAAAGUGAUAGAAACAGAACUUCUCCAUUUGCAUUUAUUGGAAAUAGAUUCGAGUUUAGAGCUGUUGGUUCUGAACAAAAUGCAGCUUGGCCUAUUACUGUAUUAAACACGGUUGUUGCAGAAUCUAUUGAACAAAUGGUAAAUCAAAUUGAAAAAAAGAUUCAUGAUGGAAAAAGUGAAAAGAAUGCAGUUGAUGAAGUUAUCAAAGAAACAAUACUUCUUCACAAAAAAAUUGUUUAUAAUGAAGAUUGUUAUGACAAUAAAUAUAGAAAAACAAUGGAAAUUAAUGGAAUUAAAGAAAUAAAAACUAUGGACAUGGCAUUAGAUGCAUUAUCUAGAAGUAAAGAAAUGUUUAAAAACACUACUGUACUAAGUGAAGAAGAGGUUAAUGCAAGAGUCAGUAUAUUAGGAGAGGCAUAUGUAACAACAUCAUUAAUUGAUAUCAACCAAUUAUUAGACAUGGUUGAACGUGAAAUUAUUCCUAUUGUUAUGGAUGUAUUAGCUAAAGAAAAAAAACAGACUCAAAUUAUUGGUUUAUCAAUUAUUAAUAAGAGAGUUGAAAAUAUGUUGGAAUGGUUUAAUAAAAUGAUAUCUUCUAUUGAACUACUUAAAGAAAAAAGAGAUAAAAUCAUAAACUCAUCUUGUGUCAUCGAGGCAAAUGAAGCAAUGAAUAUUAUUAAUGAAGUACGUGUUUAUAUUGAUAAACUUGAAGGUCUAAUUCCACAGAAAGAAUGGCCUUAUCCAUCAUAUGAAACUUUAUGGAAUACUCAUUGUUAA